AUGGCUAUUGGUGAUGUAAAAAUCUUAGGAGAUUCAAACUUGGUACUUAGUCAAAUUACUGAAGAUUUCAAGUGCUUAAGUCGACAAUUAAGGCCGUUUCACUCUCUGGCCACUUCAUUGAUGAAUCAAUUUGAUAAUGUUCAACUAAAGUUCUGGAUAAGAGGACAGAAUAAAAAGGCCAAUAACAUAGCCCAAUCAGCUUCUGGAAUCAGAGUACCAGUUGGAAUGGAAGAUCAGUUGAUAAAAAUAACACGAAAGACCUUGCCUUCGACAGAAUUAAGAAAUACUAUGUUGGCCGAUUCCUGGGUAAUUGAUAUAGAAGAUCUGGACGAUGAUGAUUGGAGGAUACCAUUCAUAAUGUUUCUCCGAAAUCCAAACAUCAAGGCUGAUAGAGGUAUCAAGAGAAGAGCAAUCAAUUUUCUACUCUUUGAUGGGGAUUUAUAUAGAAAAGGACUUGAAAACGGACUUCUACUACAAUGCAUAAAUAAAGAAGAGACACUUCAAGUUAUGACUGAGGUACAUGAAGGUAGCUGUGGAGCCCACUAA